AUGGCAUCCGUUGAUCAAAAAUAUACUUCUUACUUGUUUGUACUAGUUGCAUUCAUAGUGCCUGUCUUAAUUAAUAUAUUCAAUGGUUCUAAUGGGCUCACUGAUUUAGAAAAAGUAGCUUACUAUCUUGAAAAUGAGUUAAUAAUUACCAUUCCUAUAGUAUUGAGAUUUGGAGAUGAAGGUUUCAAUUUCCCAGAUUUGGCAAAGGCGGUACAGAUUCAAUUAGAUGAGGAAUUGAACAAUACUUAUACUAGAUUGAAGAUAGACCUAAUCGACGAAUUAGAAUAUUCUAAAACUGCAAAGAAUGAGACUCCUAUUGCGGAUCAAUAUACAGUAGAGCUCAUUCAUUCGGAAGAAGACUUUAUCGGAAUUGACUCCGAAGAAUCAAAAUGUUACAUAUUUUACACUCUAGAUGCAGUUCAUUCCAAUGAUUUACCGUAUUACAUAGUACAAGGUAUUGUUCAUCAUCUAUUAUUGCCAGAAAUAUGGACGUUUAAACAGAACAAAGUUCCAAAGAAAUUGAUACAGUCUAAUUCCAGUUAUGAUAUAUUGAUCAUGGCCAACAGUCAAGAAGAUGGUGAAGUAAUUGAAAAAGAGCUAAAUGGCUAUUUUAAAGCCGAUGGUCUAUGGGACAUUAAUAUCUCUUUAGAAAACGAUACAAGUUCCAAUAGAAGUAAUGAAUUUAAGGUCGUUUUACAAAGUAAUUCUGAUAAAGAAGAUUCAAGUAAUAAGCUAGCUUAUUUGAGUAUUGAAGAUGAAAACAGUUUGUCUAGUGUUAAAAAGGAAAUAAUCAAAUAUCUUGGUAUAUCAGAGCAUCCUUCAAAUAAUUUCAAAAUAAAACUACAAACUCUAUACAGAUUCUUUGCAAUAAAGCUUCUAGGGUUGCUGAUUGAGAAGCUUACUAACUUAGAAAAUACUACUUCACCACACCUUGAUAAAGUUGUACACAGCGUUUUUGAUUUAGCCGCCGAAUUUGAAACUUCAAAAUCAGCUUCAUGGGUACCAUUAUUCACUAAAUCAAAGCGGAUUUUGCAACAGAUAGAAUCAUUUGAUAAUCAAACUACAUGA